AUGCUCCCUCAAGCCUGGUGGUGCUGGGCCUCCCUCCUCUUCCUGGUCAGGCUUGCCCAGCCCUGUCCUGCGGACUGUGACUGCUUCAGCCAUGAAGUGUUUUGCUCCGAUGAGCAGCUGGCUGCCAUCCCUCCGGACAUCCCACCCUAUGCCACCAACAUUGUCUUUGUGGAGACCGCAUUCACCUGUGUGGGAACCAGGGCCUUCAGCAGCAGUCCCAGGCUGACCAAAGUGGUCUUCCUCAACACAAAGCUCCACUGCUUUGACUCAGAUGCCUUUGGGGGGCUGCCCAGGCUGGAGGACCUGGAGAUCACAGGCAGUGCCUUCUCCAACCUCAGCGCUGACAUCUUUUCCAACCUAACCUCGCUGGCCACGUUGACCCUCAACUUUAACCUGCUGGAGACUCUGCCUGAGGACCUCUUCCUCCACAUGGCUGCCCUGGAGUCACUGCAGCUGCAGGGGAACCGUCUCCAGACCCUGCCUGAGAGGCUCUUCCAGCCUCUGAGGGAGCUGAAGACCCUCAACCUGGCUCAGAACCGUCUGGUCCAGCUCCCUGAGAACCUGCUGCGCCCCCUCUCCAGCCUGCAGACCCUGAAGUUGAGCAACAACGCUCUCUCCCACCUCUCUGAAGAUGCGUUUAGCCAUCUGCACAAGCUGCAGGAGCUCUUCCUGGACAGCAAUGGCAUCUCAGAGUUGCCCCCACGCGUGUUUGCUCAGCUCUUCUGCCUGGAGAAGCUCUGGCUGCAGCGCAACGCGAUCAGCCACCUGCCGCUCUCUGUCUUCUCCUCCCUGGCCAACCUGACUUUUCUGAACCUGCAGGGCAAUGCCUUGAAUGUGCUGCCCCCUGGUCUCUUUGCCCUAACCCCCAGCCUGGUCGGCUUGUCCUUGUCACACAACCAGCUGCAGACGAUUGCUGAAGGGACCUUUGCCAACUUGUCCAGCCUCACUUCCCUCACCAUCUCUUACAACGCCAUCACCCACCUCCCCGCUGGUGUCUUCCGAGGCCUUGGGAAGUUGGCCAAGCUCUACCUGGGCAGCAACAACCUGACAUCCCUACCUCCAACCCUCUUCCAGAACCUGUCCAGUCUCAAACUGCUCAGCCUGUCCAGGAACCAGCUGACCACGCUUCCAGAGGGCCUCUUUGACACCAACUAUGACCUCUUCAACCUUGCCCUGUAUGGCAACCCCUGGCAGUGUGACUGCCAUCUGGCUUACCUCUCCAGCUGGCUGCGCCAGUACAGCGACCAGCUCUUCAACAUCCACACCUACUGUGCAGGCCCCACCUACCUCAAGGGCCAGGUGGUACCGGCCCUGAAGGAGGAGCAGCUGGUGUGUCCUGUCACCAGGAGUCACCAGGGCUUCCAGGCCCUGGCACUGGAUGACAGGGAACUGGGGGGUAGCUGGGAUCUGGAGGUGGAUAAAAGGGCGGAACACAGCCACUGCACCUAUAGCAACCCUGAGGGCACUGUGGCGGUUGCUUGUGAUGAGGUCCAGUGUCACUGGCUGAGCGUCCAGCUGUCUCCCCUGCAGGGCAUGGGCUCCUCGGCCAUGCUGUACAACUCUAGUCAGGCAUGGGACUUGAGGUCAAGCUGCGGCUCCAUGAGGCUCACCGUGACUAUUGAGACUAGGGCAGCAGGACCCUAG